GUUAGUCCGUAGACACUGAAGGUCCCAGACAUUCGUCAUUCGGCCUCUACUGACUAUAUCUGUUUACUAAACUAAGUCGCCCGCAAAAGGGCCAUGAUGUUACAAAUGAGGAAAAUCGCAUUUGGCAAACUAUAAUGUUCUCCUUUAGGAGCUCCAUGCAUCUUGAUAGAAACGAGUAAGCGAAGGCUUUUUACCACGGUUUUCUGAUGUAACAAUUUGCAGUAGAUAUGCUAUCUCAUAAUAUGUUACCUGGGACCAUAAAUCAUUCUUUCAAUUCGAAAAGAUUACUUAAGUAUGAUUGUCAUGUUUAUUAUUCUGUCGCAUAAUUUAAAGAUAUUACAGUCACGUCAGGAUGCUGGCUUUGGAGUGAACUUCUUAUCGACAGCCCGUAUAAACUACAUUCCGUAAAUUGUUCGCAUUGAUUUUCGAUACCUUAAAAUACUCAAAUAUGCUUUGUAAAAAAUGCACAAUAAUAUCCUUUUGGUGGCAGAUUACGUCUUCUUCAAAUUUGAUACUUGUAGAAAGGGUCUCUUUUGGUUUAAAAAAUUUCUAAUUAUAAGAUUUUUCAUGACCGUGAAAUAUCCAAUCACACAGCAUUACAGCAGCACACUUAUCCUUUGUGCAUUGUCCACAUCCAUGACAUGUUUUGAGCCCCUUUACGAUCUCUUGUUAAUAGCAUAUAGAAGUCUAUGCUUUCCCUUACACGAAACGUGUGCAGUUUGUAGUCUGGAAACCCUUAAUGUUAUUGUAACGGCAUUUAGCGUUCAGAAUUAUAGGGGAAUUGAGGAACUUUCUUAAAACCAGAAGAUGCUCUCUCUGUUAAUACGGAAAUUGAAGACGCAAUUUGCCAAUAAAUGAGUAAAAGGAAGAAUAUUUUUGUGCAUGUCUUCUAUAAAAUAUAUGUGCGUUUAUAAGGUCAUCGAAAGUCAAUGGGAAACAUUCGCGCUAUUUAUAUAGUCGUUUUUUGCGGAAUGUUGUUUACACAGGCGGUCGGUAAGGAGCUCUUUCAAAAGCGGGCAUUCUGAAGUGACUUGAAAAUUGCAGCAUUAUGCCACAAGAUAAUUAGUAUGACAGCCCUACUUAGCUAUUUUUUUCGAAUCUCAGUUAAUAUUUCGUGAGAUAGCAUAUCUGCUGUACAUUGCCUCCUAAUCACAAAUACAAUAGAACAAGAUGUGGGCCUUCGUUAGUUAGUUUGCCAACUUGUUUGUCCUACUUGUACGUUUACUCUUUUCUACUACUCAGCUGUUGAUUUCGUUUUCGUCCAAAAAGUGACAAUCGCUGCACCCGUGGUUGUUUGUCAAUCUCAGUCAAUAAACAAGGAUUCCGUUUCCCUGGUCGCCACGACUGAAGUGAUCUCCCUACAAGAGGCGCCCACGGAAAGUCAGCACAUAGCCUCCGCAGCAACCGGCGCGACUUCUGCUGUGCCUACUAGCAGUAACAGGGAUGACCCCGUCAGCGAUGGUGCCGACGUCAUGGCUGACAUCGUGGCUGAUCUCGCCUGUCGUGUCUGCGGUCGCCUUAUUACUAAUCAUCCGGACCCUAGUGGCGGUUACAGCGGCAACGGCGGGGGCACCAAUGCGAUGAUCGAGUGCUCCCUUUGCCAUGGGC